UACUUGCAUCGUUAUCGUUAAACAAAUGCUCUAAAUAAACAUAAUUGUACCAUAAUUAGUAAAUGGUACACACUCCGCAAAUUUAGUGAAUACAACAAGUGAUCUGUGCCCUUUUAAAAUUUCAUCGACCCAACAUGGGGAUGUCGCGCUGCUAUUCUCUUAUGAAAUGUUUGCUGAUACUGUUUAACAUCGUAUUCCUGGUGAUAGGCCUUGCAGCAUGCGGGUUAAGCGUCUGGGCUCUCUGGGAGGGCGGAGCGUCCGCCAGCGUCGGCGGGUCCGGCGCCGGCGAUGCCGCUGCGGCACGAGCUGGCCUCUGCGCUGUAGCGGCGUGGGGCGGGGCGCUAACUCUGGGCGCUAUCGCUGCGUUGUGGGGAGCUGCGCGUGACGCUCCAUCGCUAUUGGCUGCGUCGUUCGCGCUUUUAGCGCUGUGUGGAGUGGCCGAGGCGGCAGCGGCUUGCUGGGGCGCGGCGCACUUGCCCCAGCUCCGGCAGGCGUUAUCGCAGCGGCUACACUACGCCGUCCGUAACGAGUACGGCCACGGAGCCGCCACGCAGCUGCUCGACACCAUCCAGGCAGAGCUGAAAUGCUGCGGCGCAGAAGGCGCUCGCGACUGGCAGAGUUCAAUGUGGUCCCGCGCCGAAGCCGGAGCCUCCGACGCGGCCCCUCCGCAACCCGAGCCCGACGAUAUAGCAUUAGACCUGUCUGUGACCGCGCCUAACUCUUACUACUACGUGCCGCCUUCGUGUUGCUUGUCAGCCUCGGAAGGCGGGGACGAGGCGUCGUGCAUGGAGGCGCGCCGGGUGCCCGCCGCGUCGGGGGGCGCCGCGGGGCUGCACCAGGCCGCCUGCGCGCCUAAAGUCAUACACGCAUUAGAGGCGGGCGCCCGGCUGCCACUAGCCGUCGGCGCGGCUCUGCUCGCGCUGCACGCGCUGGUCCUACUGCUGGCGCUGGCGCUCUGUCUGCGCGCGCGCCCCGCGCCGCGCUACAAGGCAUAGACAAACUACGACAGCGGCUGAAGACAUAUUAUUACAGUCACAGUUUCCACGUCUGGACCGUAAAGACAGGGAAAAAUGGCUACAAUUUGUCCAAAACAACCGCAGCGAA